CUUUCUCUCCUCCGUAUAUAUGGCCUCUGGGCCUAGGUCUCUCUCUCUUUCUCUCUCUCUCUCUCUCUGUUUCAAUCUCAAUUCUAUAGACAGUCUCCUAUAUUCCUUCAUUUCUAUUCUACACUGCUACCUGAUUAGAUCUACACACCGGACAUUUAUCUAUAGAUCACAACACCCAAAGCACUCAUAGAUAACACCCAUCAUCAUCACCACCCCUGCCUACACAUACACAUACACGGACAGAGACAGAGAAAAUGCGCCACUUCGACACCUGGCUCGUCCGCGACCCCUACUCCCUCUUCCACUACUACCCCAGUGGCCGUCGCUGGCCCGAAACCAUCCGCGAAUUGAUUCAAACCCGCCAAAUCUGCAGUCCAGAUGCCUUCUCCUCCUCCUAUUCCUCCAAUGCACCCACCCCAAUCCCAUCAGCAGAUAGCACCUCCCAACCCACCAGCACCUUCUUCCAACGCCUCCCCCCGGAAAUCCGACUCAUGAUUUACGCCCACGUCUUCGACCAAGACACCACCAUCCACCUCGUGCAAGUGAAGAACAAGAUCCGCCACGUGCGAUGCACCAACCCCAGUGCGUUGGAUAAACACCGUCAAUGUUGUCCAGCGACGGUGGCGAGAUGGCGCACUACACCUACCACCACCACCACCACCACCGGAACGACAAACGCAACAUCAACAUCCAUAUCCCCUCCCAAAUCACCAACCUCCAACCCCAACACUCCCAAAGAAUCAACAGAACCCACAACUACCAAACUCUACCCACACACCAACCCCUCCCUUCCCGAUACCCUUACCCCCCAAACAACAAAUCUCCUGCACGUCUGCCGAGCAAUGUACACCGAGUCCUCCUCCCUGCUCUACCGCAACUUCCACUUCGACACAGACGAUCUAUACACGUUCCUCUCCUUCACGGGGCAGAUCUCCCCUUUGAAUAGAGAUAAUAUCCGCUCGUUGACGAUUCACUACACGCCGAUCUGGACCCCGCUGUCAGGCCAGGAACAUUCGUUUUCGGUGUAUACGCAUACUCAUAAUGAUGCUCUAUGGAAUGGGGUCUGGGAGGUGGUGAGACGGUGUAGAGGGUUGGAGGAAUUGAAGCUAGGGUUGGAUUUGGGGAGUUUUGUGGGGGUGAAUCUUGCUGGUGGUGGUGGUGGUGGUGGUGGGAAUGGGAAUGGGAAUGGGGGGAUGACGGUGACGGGGGGACAUAAUGUGCCGUUUGGGAUUGAGGAGAAUUGGGUGCAGCCGUUGUUGAAGCUGCGGGGGUUGAAGCGGUUCGAGUUGGGGCGGGUGUUGGAGGCCCAGGGGUUGGUGAGGGAUGUGGAGGGGUUGAGGGGGAGGUUGAGGGGGGUGGUCUGUCGUGCGAGGGAUGGAGUGGAGGAUGAGGAUGAGGAUGAGGAUGAUGAUGGGGGGAGAAAGGCGAGGUUGGCGAUAUUGGCGGCGUGAAUGUAGGGUUGCCGUGGUGGAUCAAGAUAGACUUGUUGGUUAUAGACUUACACACUACACACUACACACACCCGUCCCGAAUCAGAAUGCAUCUAACAAUCUAGCUGUACAUUAAUCCAUCGCAUGCAUCCCAAUCCCCAUGCAAUUUACCCAUCCAAGACAUCCCA